AUGUCUUCGCAAUAUCAGUCAGUACAUCUCGCCGCUCGUCCCAAGAGCGAGAUCGUUCCUGGAGAGACUUUCGAGGUCAGAUCGAACGCUGCACCUAAGGAAGCCGACCUCAAGGAUGGUCAAGUCAUCUUCCGUUCUUUGUACCUCAGUCUUGAUCCUGCCAUGAGAGGAUGGCUCAAUGACACACGCUCCUAUGUUCCUCCCGUUCAAAUCGGUGAGAUCAUGCGGGGAGUCGCCAUCGGUACUGUCGAAGCAUCAAAAUCAGAAAAGUUCCCUGUCGGCACACUCACUACUGGAUUCGUCGGCUGGACCGAGCUCGCUGUGGUGGACGACAAGGCUCUCGAACGUGUUGAUCUUCCCUCCAACGGUCGCACCACUGAUGCUCUUGGUGUUCUCGGUAUGACCGGCUUGACUGCAUACUUUGGCAUCAUCGAAGUUGGCCAAGUCAAGAAGGGUGACUUCGUCGUUGUUUCCGGCGCAGCUGGCGCAACAGGAAGUGUCGUUGCACAAAUCGCCAAGCUCAAGGGCGCAAAGGUGCUUGGUUUGGCCGGCUCAGACGACAAAGUGUCUUGGUUGAAGAACGACCUUGGUCUUGAUGAAGCACUCAACUACAAAGACGCCGACUUCACCACCAAGUUCCGCAACGCGACUAAGGGCUUGAUUGAUGUCUUCUUCGACAACGUCGGCGGCGAAAUCCUCGACCUCGCUCUAUCACGCGCCAAACCAUUUUCCCGCUUCGUUUGCUGUGGCGCUAUUAGCGACUACAACAGCGCAUCCNCCCGUGGUCUCAAGAACUACAUGAUGAUCAUCUCCAUGCGCAUUCGUAUGCAAGGCUUCAUUGUAUUUGACUUUGCAGACAAGUACGCAACAGCCAGACAGGAGUUGGCACAGUGGCUCAACGAAGGCAAAUUGCAGAGAAAAGAAACUGUUAUCGAAGGUGGAUUGGCCAAGGCUGAGCAAGGAUUGAGAGAUCUGUACAAGGGUGUUAAUACUGGAAAGUUGCUCGUUGAGGUUAGCAAGCAGAAGGAAGGCAAAGCUAGGCUAUAG